AUGGAUGCGCUCGAGCGGGUGCAGGAGUACAAGAGUAGACUGAAGGCGUUAUGGCUGGAUCCCCACGUUGAUCAGAUCAUCCGGGCAUGGGGGCAGUUAUCCCCCCCAACUUCGCCCAUGCGGAGCAGGGACGGACUGCCCCAGAAUUGGCGGAUAUACGGGCUGAAGAUCUAUUAUAAUACUACUACCCCCGGAUAUGUGACGUGGAUAGGUGAGGAUCAGCUACUAUACAAGCACAUUGACUUUAGCAUAGGGCAGUUCCGGGGGUUUAUCCACAGACUGGCCGGGACAGCACAGCAGAUUUUACAGGAUAAACUGUUAUUCCAGUAG